AUGGCAGACAAGUCCUCCGAGGACGGGUUCUCCGUCCUGCCAGUCGCCAUGCCACCACUGCCAGCAUUCCCAGUCCAAACCACACACCAUGUGUACCUCAGACGAAACACGCCAAAGAUACCCAGCCCCGACGACUCGCGCAGCCUGUUCCUCGCCAACGUGCCCGUGGACAGCACCGAGGCGCACUUCCGAGCCCUCUUCGCCAGCCUCGUCGGCGCGGGCCGCUUCGAGGGUGUCACUUUCGAGCGCGACCGUGCGACGCAACACAGCACGACAUCGCAUGAGCCCGCGCAGGCUGCGCGAAUCGCCGCACACCUUCAGAAAAAGCGCAAGCGGGAGGACGAGGAGCGGCAGAACCUCCGGGACGCGAUGGCCGCCGAGCUGCCAGAGACCUGGGCGCGGCCACUGCACCGGAGCGGGAGCACGGCAGUAGCGCUGCUCGUGGACGAGAAGAGCGUCGAGGCCGUGCUCAAAGCCAUCAGGAAGCUGAACAAGGCCAAGAAGUACCCCCUUUGGGGUGAAGGGGUAAAAGCGGACAAGGUCGCGCCGCUGGGCUCGCAGUGGCUCAAGGCACACAACAAGCUGUCGUAUCCCGGAACGGAGGCGGUGCAGGCCGCCGUGGACGCGUACUUCACGCUGUUCAACCGCCGCGAGGCCGAAGCUGAACAGCUGGCCAAGAGGCUACGCAAUGAGCCAGACGAGGACGGCUUCGUGACAGUGACGCGGGGCGGUCGCAACGCCCCGGCGAGGAUGGAUGAGGCCGAGGAAGCUAAGAAGCGGAUGCUCGAGAGGGCGCAAAAGAAGAAGGACGAGACGCAGGACUUCUACCGCUUCCAAAUGCGUGAGCGCAGAAAGGCGGAGCAGGCUGACCUGCUCAGGAGGUUCGCCGACGACAAAAGGAAGGUCGAAGCCAUGCGGGAAAAGAGAGGAAAGUUCAAGCCCGAGACGUGA